AUGACUUUAAACACCAAAGGCCCAUGUGCCCAAUGUGCCAAAAAGUACAGCGCAGGUAAAGCAAGUUCGCACUUGCUUCAAUGUAUUGCGCAAACGUAUACUCCUUCUGACUUAACAAGUGAAGGGUAUUUAAUUCGCGUUUCUUCAAACGAUUACCCAAGUUUGUAUUGGAUGUUUUUAACUAUUCCCAAAGACUUUACUUUAAGAAUAUUGAACGACUUCUUACGCGACAUUUGGUUGGAAUGUUGUGGCCAUCUGAGCGCAUUUUACAUCGGUGAUCUCGAGUAUUCUUCUCAUCCAAUUUCAGGAGAUGGUACCCUAUCGAUGAACAAAAAAAUGAGUCAACUUAUGUCUCCAGGUUUGAAAUUUGGUUAUACCUAUGAUAUGGGUUCGUCCACCGAUCUUAGGUUAGAAGUCGUAGCAUCAUUGGUUGCCUGCCCUUUUGAUGACAUUACGCCCAUGAUGAGAAACGAUCCGCCCGCUUUUUCAUGUGAAAUGUGUGACAAACCUGCUGAAAUCAUUUGCACUCUAUGCGGUGGGAAAACAUGCACAGAUUGUCGUGAAAAACAUUCUUGUGUAGUCAACGAAGAUGAUACAUAUAUGUUAGCAACUCUUGUCAAUUCUCCACGUACAGGUGUUUGUGGAUACGAAUAA